AUGAGUACUCCCACCUCCACCGUCAUCUACACCUCCCCCUCCCCCUCUCCCACAGUCACUUCCUGGAGUGCCGCCUCUGGCCUCCCUCCUUCCACCUCCCCUUCCCUUCCUCCACUUACCCACCCCCCUAUCUCCUCCCCUGCUGUAUACCCACACCUCUACACCCUUCCUCCAGCCUCCACACCCUCAACAGCUCCCACUACUACCCCCGCCCUCACGUACGCCUCUGUUGCCGCCUCUGCUGCCGCCCCUCAGGUGGUUGGCUUCCCCUCUCUCACCGACCCCGUCGCUUCGUCUUCUGCAUCUCCCGCACGCAUCACGUUGCGCCGAGCCACCAUCGCCACCACUGAACCAGCUGCUUCUCCCGGUGCCUCCACUACGCCACAGGGAUCUGCCACCCGCCACCUCCCUCUCCUCCCCGUCCCUCUCCCCUCCUCCCAGCCUCCAGUCUCCAAAAAACCCCAAAAGCGCGUCCUUACCGACUCUGCUCCCGCCACUUCCCACAAAAAAUCAACGCCACCUCCCCCUCCCCCUCCCCCUGCCGUCACCAUGGACACCACCCCUCCUCCUGCCACCCCUACCUUGGCCCCCACCCUCCACACCUUUGUCCUGUCCACUCCCGAUCCUAAGUUCCUCGACGCUCGUACCCUCACCAAGGAAAUACGAAACGCAGCUAUGUUUAAAAUACUGAAAAGAAACAAACCUCUCCCCGAAGUAAAAUUCAUAAAAUUCACCAAUAAGUUGGUCAGCACAUAUAGUGAUGUGAUAAAGAAUUUUCAAGCUAAGCAGUUAUCCUGUGGACCAUAA